GGUGAGGGAAACGUUGAUCUUCACCGAGCAUCAAGAACGUGUUCCUCGGCUCACUCGUUUCACGUAAGCGACUUGACUUGUCUCAAAUUCUCAAUUGCCUCUGGUCAUUGCUCGACCUACUAAAGCAGAGCCUUGUCCUCCCAUCUCGACUCUCGACACAGUACAUCCUCACACAUCAUGUCUCCCGGAAAGACCACCAACAUCUCAUUCGACAGCGACUUCGGCAACAUCGUCGAUGGCAAGUCACGCACCAAGUCAGACAACUACCACCAGGGUGUAAACCCCACUACCGGCGAAAAGCUCUGGGACGUCCCAAUCGCUACUCAGCAAGACGUCGACGAUGCAGUUGCCUCGGCACAGAAGGCCUUCCAGUCAUGGAGCGUCAAGACCAUUGAGGAGCGCAAGGAGCUGUUGAAGAACUUCCAGGAGCUGUGGGGCGGCUACCAAGAAGAAUUUACCACUCUUCUCUGCAAGGAGACUGGUAAGCCCAGACAGUUCGCCGCCAUGGAAGUUGGUGGCGUUGGUGCUUGGUUCGGUCACCACUUGACCCUCGAUGUCCCUGAAGAAAGAAUCGAAGACGACGAGAAGGUCAUGACAACAAGAUACAUGCCCCUGGGUGUUGUUGGCGCCAUCUGUCCCUGGAACUUCCCUUUGGUCCUGUCUUUCGGCAAGAUCAUCCCCGCUCUUCUUACCGGAUGCACCAUCAUCGUCAAGCCCUCACCUUUCACCCCUUACACAUCCCUCAAGGCCGUCGAGUUGUGCCAGGCCGUCUUCCCUCCCGGUGUCGUCCAGGUUCUCGGCGGCGAUGACAAGCUUGGUCCCAUGUUCACCGAGCACCCCGGUAUUGCCAAGAUCAGUUUCACCGGAAGCAUUGCUACCGGUAAGAAGAUCAUGGCUGCUUGCAGCAAGACCCUCAAGCGUGUAAACCUCGAGCUUGGCGGCAACGACGCCAGUAUCGUCAGAGAAGAUGUCGACAUUGAAGCUACCGCCCCUGAGCUUGUCAUGGGUGCCUUCCAAAACAGUGGUCAAGUCUGCGUUGCCACCAAGCGUAUCUACAUCCACGAGAAGAUUUACAGACCCAUGGUCGACGCAAUGGUCAAGGUCGCUGCUAGCCUCAAGGUCGGCAACCCUGACGACGAAGGAGCUAUGCUCGGCCCCAUCCAGAACGAGAUGCAGUACGAGAAGGUCAAGACUUUCUUCCAGGACAGCAAAGACAAGGGUUACAACUUCGUUGCUGGCAGCGCAGAUGUCGAGAAGAAGAAUGGAUUCUGGCUUCAGCCCGCCAUCAUCGACAACCCUCCCAAUGACAGCAAGAUCAUUCAAGAGGAGCAAUUCGGUCUGAUCUUGCCCGUUCAGCCUUACUCUGAUGAGGAGGAGGUCAUCAACCGUGCCAACGACACCAACGCUGGUCUUGGUGCCUGUGUCUGGAGCAAGGACGAGAAGGCUGCUGAGCGCAUUGCCCUUCGUCUGCAAGCCGGAAGCGUCUUCAUCAACUCAUUCGAGAAGCCCACUCCUCAGGCAUUGUUCGGUGGUCACAAGGAGAGUGGUAUCGGCGGUGGUGAAUGGGGUACACAGGGUCUGCUGUCUUACUGCAACCCUCAUGUGAUCCAUCUCUACAAGAGCAAGCAGAGCAAGCUCUAGAUGCAUCAAUAACAGGGUACGGCCCUCCACGGCCAACUUCCAUAGAGCAGCCCAUGUAAACAAGAAUACGAAUAAUGAGAUCAAUCACUUCUGCAAAACAAAACAGAAAG